GUAAAGAAACUUGAGGUGCUAGUGAACGGUUUAUUGUUGAGUGAAUACUGUCAAUAGUGGUUUGAGUGAAAAAAAGCUCAACAAGCUAAGGUGAAAAGCUUGCAGGCCCAAAACAUGGCCCAGAAAUUGGACAUAAUAUUGCUAGGCGCGACAGGCUUCACCGGCCAGUACGUGUUGCGAGAGCUGCACAAACACAGCAGAAGCAAAGGGAGAAAUCUCACCUGGGGUGUGGCAGGAAGAAACGAAAUCUCCCUACGCAAGGCCCUGCAAGACCUGGCGGAAGAAACGCAAGACCCCAGACUGACAGAUCAACCGAUCAUCAUCGCAGACCUGCAGGACCCCAAAUCGGUCAAGGAGAUGGCCUCGAAGGCCAGACUGGUCAUCAACUGUUGCGGCCCCUACAGGUUCCUGGGCGAGACGGUGGUCAAGGCGUGCGUCGAAGAAGGCACCCAUCACGUGGACGUCAGCGGGGAACCUUACUACAUGGAGAGCAUGCAGCUGAAAUACGACGAGGAGGCCAGGAGGAAGAACAUCUACGUGGUCAGUGCAUGCGGGGUGGACAGCAUACCGGCCGACCUAGGCGUCGCGUUUUUGGAGAAAAAUUUCAACGGCGGCACCCUGAACUCGGUCGAGACCUACUUCCAGAUGUCUGAGGGCGGCGGGCCCUUCUCCAGGCAGCCGGAGAGCAACUACGGGACCUGGGAGUCGGCGGUACACGAGGUGGGACACGUCGGAAUGCUGAGACCGCUCAGAACGGAGCUGUUCAAGAACAAGCUGCCGAAGCUGAAACCGACGCUGGGGAGGAGGUUUUUGCCGUUCAAGUCGCCGAUUGACGGACAAUGGGCGGCAUUUUUUCCCGGACCAGACCGAUCAGUCGUAUACCGAUCCCAGUACUACUUCUACGAGGAGGAGCACAAACGACCAAUCCAAAUCCAGACCUACCUACUCAUAAACAGCUUCAUCACGAUGAUACUCCUCGGUAUAAUAGGAGCAAUGUUCACGACAUUCGCGAGGGUGAGGUUAGGCAGAUACCUCCUGUUGAAAUACCCGAGGUUCUUCUCCAUGGGGAUGUUCGCGAACACCAAGCAGAAACCUUCGAAGGAGAAAAUCGAGAAGACCAAGUUUUGCCUCUCGCUGGUCGGAAAAGGUUGGCCGGAAAAAUCGACAAAUCCGGACGAUAAGUUCAAAGGACCGCCGCAAAAAGGGGUCAUCGUUCAAGUCAAGGGUUCCAACCCGGUGUACGGGAUCACCUCUAAAUGCAUGGUCUUGGCAUCGAUCAUGAUUCUUACGGAACCCUUCAAGAUGCCCCAGCGAGGGGGGGUGUAUCCCCCCGGAGCCGCAUUUGCCAAAACUUCGUUGAUGGAAGAGCUGAACGAGAAUGGGGUAACUUUCGAGGUGCUGAAAGAAUUCAACAUAGCCGGGUAGAUGUGAAAGCCGAUCGACGAAGAAUUCGGAAAAUACAAAAAAUGUAGCGAGUCAUUAUGACUCGAUAACUCAUAAUGUUUCUCGUCAUAUUGAUUCAUUGUUGAAAAAUGAAGGAUUUGAAGACUGACAGUAGAAAAUGUUGCAUUGCAUUGAACGAAGUCUCAAUCACUAAACUCUCAGUUACUGAAUAAUGCUCUCAGUUACAAAACGCAUCAUUCCAUCGUUACUUGUAUCAGAUCAAAGCAUCAGACUCCAGAAAUGUAAUAAAAACUACUUAAUUACUUGAGUAUACAAAUUACUCAGCAAUAGUAGGGGAACCCACAAGGCUCAAGGGGGAUUUACUUUAGCGUUGUGCAUUGUGAAGAUAAGAUGACAGAGGGCAGGAAAAAAAAGUUAUGCAGGGUCAAUCUUUCACUUCAACAUAUAUUCAAACAGUACAUUCUUGAGGUCGAAAUAAACACUUUUUUCCCUUACCAUUUUUUCCGAUUCGGCCUAGGUGAAAAGAUAUAGUUAUUUCAAUUUUCAUAAGGAGCUAUGCCACCCCUGGAAACCUGACACUUAAGUUUUUCCUAGCAUUAAAUGUACUAUUUCAACCUUGGAAAUAAGCUCAAGUUUUCUAUCCUAUUUUGUGAAAGGAGUAGUAUUUAUAAUACAAUAAAUGAGUUAGCCCAA